GAUAGAAAAGCCAAAAUAAACGUCGACCACAUGUUAUCAAUCUUACCAUGCUGGUGGCGGCACAACCCUCGUCCCUGCCACAACUCCAACUCGCUUCGAGCAGUAGCAUCAUCUGCAAUUCAUUUACACCAUCUCCUCUACACCCACGUCGGCUCUACAUAUUUCGCCGGCGGAUUGCUAGACCUUCGAAAUCCUCCAAUGGGAUCGCCUUCGAGGUUAAGUCGUACAUGGACGACAGCAACUCCGUCUCCGGCUUGGUUAAGAAAGUUGUCGGUUCGCUUCCUGUCAUCGGACUCAUCGUCAGAAUCGCCAGCGGAGAGGGCGGCGUAGGCGGUGAUUUAAUCGAUUUUGCCGAGUUCAGAAGGAGAGUGGGGAAGAAAUGCUCGGUCAGUGAUUCCAUAGCUUUCUACGACUUUCAGGAUCGGAGAGGCCGGGCAGGGGAUCCGUUGUAUUUUCUAUUAUGCUGCUGGUUAGCUGCGGUUGGUGCUGGUCUGCUAAAAUCCGAGGAGAUAUUAGUAGGUGCUGCGAGGCUUCGUUUAUCGAACGAUAUUGAGUUCGAGGAGCAAACUUUUAUGGCUAUGAUGAGCGAAGCCAAAGAGAAACGGGCAAAAGCAAAAGCUCCUAAGCCAAGCAUACCUAUGGAAAUCAGAGUUGAGAAAGCAGUUGAUGCGAUUUAUGUGUGUUGCUUCGGGAGGGGUGAGAUAGAAGAAGAAGAACAGAGGCUGUUAUGUGUCAUGCUUGGGGUCGUCUUUCCUACAGUUGGGAAGCAGGAGGUAGAGAGGAUUGUGAAAUCGAAGGCAACUCAAAUAGCAAAAAGCACGGAGGAAGGACAAGUUCCUGUGCCGAAGUCCCUAUCAAAAGAAGCUGUGCUGAUGCAAUUGAAGGAUUUGGAAUUUCUCAAGCAACAAGGCAAUUGACCUGGAAAGGUAAGAACACUGGGACACAAAGGCAUUCUGAGCUAAAGAUGAAAGGAACACUGAUCUACCCGUACUGCUUGUAGCAAGAAUUCAAAAGAGACUCGUAGACACAGUUUUUUGUAUAAAGCCGAAUGUAAUGUUGUGUUGAUGGAUAAAAUGAUAUUAUUUCCAUCCAGACUUUAAAAAUGUGAAAUCUUUAGGCAACAUUUAUAAACCUGAAUUGAAUGUAAUACUCCGGUAUUAUACUCAAAUACUCCCUGCAUCCCCCACAAUGAUGGGUUAUAUAUGUUAGAAGUUUGAUCAAGGAUGUUUUCUUUUG